GUGAAAGAUGGCGCUUCGCUUUCGUUCGUUGCUCGCCGCCCCGCUCCUACGAUCACCUCAAAUACCUUCUUCCUCAUUACGAGGGAGAUUGCAGCAGUUCUCCACAUCUCAUUCCUGUGCUUCUCUUGCUGACUUGAGAGAACCUGCUGCUCCAUCAGUUGUAACUGCCAUUCCUGGACCCACCCACAAGGCACUAUUUGAUGAUCUGAACCAGAUACAGGUUGCUGCUGUCAACCUCUUUGCUGACUAUGAGAAAUCCAUUGGGAACUAUCUGGUUGAUGUGGAUGGGAACACAUUUCUUGAUGUCUUCACUCAAAUAUCAUCCAUUCCAAUUGGUUACAAUCAUCCUGAUGUACUGAAGGCUGUGGCUGACCCUAAGAAUGCGGCAAUCUUUGCUAAUCGACCUGCUCUUGGAAUGUUUCCUGGUGGGGAGUGGCCACACCUGCUGCGCAGUGUCCUACUUUCUGUGGCUCCACGGGGUCUUACCGAGGUCACCACAAUGGCUUGUGGGACUUGUUCCAUCGAGAAUGCUCUUAAGUGUGCAAUGAUCCAGUAUCGAAAUAAGCAGCGAGGAACCACCACCCCAGAUCCAGAGGAUAUGAAGAGCUGCAUGGUGAAUGAACCACCUGGUUCUCCCCAACUCUCCAUCCUCUCCUUUCAUGGUGCAUUUCACGGUCGAACAUUUGGUGCACUUAGCUGCACUCACUCUAAACCAAUCCACAAGGUAGACAUCCCUGCAUUCCAGUGGCCAAUUGCCAAUUACCCUCGCUAUAAGUAUCCACUGGCUUCCAACCAAAGGGACAAUGCCGCUGAAGAUGAGCGUUGCCUUGCUCAGAUUGAGGAUAUUCUGACUAGCCUGAAAGGUACCAAGAAAGAAGUGGCUGGGAUCCUUGUUGAACCAAUACAAUCAGAGGGUGGAGAUCACCAUGGCUCUCCAAAGUUCCUCCAAGGCUUACGUGACAUCACCACUAAGCAUGGAGUGGGCCUGAUAGUGGAUGAGGUGCAAACUGGUGGAGGAGUGACAGGUACCAUGUGGUGCAUUGAUCAACUUAAUCUUUCCACUCCUCCUGAUCUCCUAACCUUCUCCAAGAAAAUGCUCACUGGUGGCUUCUACAACACACAUGCCUUCAGGCCAAAUGGCACAUUCCGCAUUUUCAAUACAUGGAUGGGUGACCCAGGGAAACUGGUACUUCUCCGGGCAGUGCUGGAUGUGAUCAAGAGAGAUAAUGUCCUUGAGAAUGUGAGGAAGGUUGGAAAGAAGUUUGUUUCCGGGCUCACGGAAUUGGAGAACCACUUCCCCACGAAGGUGAACUCUGCCCGAGGACGGGGAUUUCUGUGUGCUAUCAACUUUUCCUCAGCAGAGCUUUGCUGCAAGGCUCACGCUGCACUCUUGAAGAAAGGAAUUCAUGUCGGGAUGUGUGGUGAGGUGACCCUGCGCUUCAGACCAACCUUGAUCUUUGAUGAGCAUCAUCUGGAGAUCCUCCUCCACCAUCUCCAUGCGACUGUCUCUGAGCUGUGAGCAGUCUAUAUCACUCAUUCUUGGAAUCACAUGCCACUCUUUUUUUUUGUAUUGUGCCAAGAGGUGGUAAGAAUAUGGGCAUGUGAUGGUCCCGGUGUGACAGUUUUGGUGUGUUAUGCUUUGGCCUCCAUGAUGUGAUCUGAAUCAACUGUCAUCCCUAUGGAGUCUCAUUUCAUAUCAAUUGCCAAAAUUUGUCAUUACUUAUCCCUGUGUUUUUUGUGGGAUUUUACCCCUGUCCUUUCCUGUAGAUUCUAUUCUUGAUCAGUGCUUUAUUCACAGUGCAAUAUGUUCUCACGGGAGAUCUAUUUUUGUACCUUCUUUAUUGUAUUGUCUUACCCUCAAUUUUUUUAAAACCAAGAUUUGAUGAGCAAUUUUCAUAUUGCAGUUGCAAUAUAGUAGGCAUGCAAUGAGAUCUGGAACCCAUGACUGUCAUUUUUGUGCUAGUCUGAGAUUUUAUGUGUGUUUGGAGUGCUCAUGAGGCAUGACAGAAUUCAUUAGUACAUCCUUCAAAAAACUCUGGAAGUAUUUGUCAAUGAUAUGAGAUAUGUCGCUUUCAUAGAUAGCAUGACUCACUUUCAUGUAGGUAGAGGGCAGACUUGAGUUUCACCCUCUGUUAUGCUUAAUCAAUACCUCCAUUUGUUAUGAAUAGCAUAAGAACUGUGAUCCUGCAAUCUUCGGUGCAAGUCGAUACCAUACAGAACUGUUUGCAGUGGUGGCCUGAUUAAAGUACAUGAACCACCAUUGCACAUGUCUCAAGAAACUCACUAUUAACUGUAACAUAUUCUUAACAUUAUUUCAGCUUUUUAUGCUGCAUCAUCUUUUUCUUUUAAUGAUUCCAUGUGUACAAGCUAGCAAAGACAUGCUAUUCUAGUCUAGGCAUACUUUCUACCUCAUAUGCAAUUUAAAUUUUAACUUGUGAUCGAGAGGAACAGAACAUGUAAAUUAUCAAUAUGAAAUGGGUGAGUGGAUGGACCCGGCCUGUGACAUCCAACCUCAAACCAACUUUUGGCCAAAAAGAAACUGCAAAAAAACCCAUAAAAUCCCACUAUUAUUCUACAUCAAAUGGCACUCUUGACAGGUUGUGUGGUAUUCAAGUUAUCCCAACCGUGAGUUUGGCGCAAAAGCUGCAUCCAGCCUCAUGAAAAAAGAUUGUGCAUCAAAAUUGUUACAGGCUGGUUUUUAAAUAUCCACUUACCCAAAUACUAUGAGGAAAUUCAAAUAUUUCUCUGGCAUAAGUAAAACAAAUCAUUAUUCAUAACAGUUUAAAAUUCCCAGCUUCACAGGUUAUAGGUGACUUUAUGAGAAGGUGGGGCUCUAGGUCUGUUGGUCUUAAGUAAUACUGUAACAAGUCAUGGCAUGCAAUGUGGUGUCUUGACUGUGUUAAGUGCCUAGGUUGGGAGGUGGUAAAAAUCUUAUGGUAGAAUGUAACGAAGGUCAGUGGGUACCAAUUUCUGAAAUUGACCUUGAAAAGGAAAUAAGAUUUAACCAGAUUUACUUUACUGUUGGUACUUCUAUGAAGUUGGGAGGAUAGCAAGUAGAUGGUAGAAGGAAAAAAAUCAACUGAU